AGCCUAGAAGCACAACCUGUAAAAAGAAGAGUACCAUAACAGUGCGUACAAGGUUCUCAACUUUCUCAGAGACCACGGAAACCUCGAAGAUUCCAGUAGCUUCAAGGACAUCAAACACUACCUACACUACCCACCCCACGACCUCAUCUACUAAGGGAGCCUCCUUCAGGAACACGUCUGUCUCUCCCAAGACCAUAACUACCUAUCGUGAGGGAAUGGGGGCCUCAGACAGAAGCACAUCUGUGUCAUCCAAGAGCAAAGCUACCUCCUACAAGGGCAUUGGAACCUUGGACAGGACCACAACUGUCUCACCCAAGAACAUAACUAUCUACCAUGUGGGAAUGGGAUCCUCAAAUAGGGCCCCACCUCACUUAGAUAAGACUACAGGAAAUGCCCCUAUGGAUGCUGGAACCUCAGGAAGUUCAACAUCUCUCUCACGGCUCACCAGCACCUCACAUGAGGGCACAAGAGCCUCAGACAGGACCACAUCUGUUUCACCUGAAAUAACAGAUACUUCCCACAAGAACAUGGAAUCCUCCUUCAGGACCAUAUCUAUCUCAUCUGAGACUAUAACUACCUAUCAUGAGGAUAUGAGAACCUCAGACAGAACCACACCUGUCUCACUCAAGAUAACAGAUACUUCCCACAAGGGAACAGGAACCUCCAUUGUAGGAGAUUUGAACAAAGCCACUGGAGCAUCAAGUAGGACACCUGCCUUUGACAAGACUACAGGCUGGACUACAGCUGUUUCAGAUGAGGUAACUGAAUCCUUCAGAACCUCACACAAGUCUACAUCUGCUUCUGACAAAACCAUAGGAAUCAAGGAACCAGCCACGGCCACGGGCAUAACUUUUGGGGGAACCUCAGAAAAGAUGACUGAAUCCUUAGAAAGGACCACAGGCAUCUAUAAGACUGCAACUUCUCCACAUCAAACUCUGGAAGCUUCAUACAAAACUACCCAAAUUUCAGAGAAAACCGCAAAAGUUUCAGGAGCUACAGGAGCCUCAGAGAAGACCACAGGACCCUCAGACAAGACUACCCAUAAAUCUAUAUCUAUUCCCUAUAACACUUCAACUGUCCCUCAUCCACCACUCCAGGUUACUAGUGAGAAAACCUUCGUUCCUUUCACAACUCCCAAAAAUAACCAGGAGCCAAAUUCUACAAAAUUGGUCAAUAGUAACUGGUCAAACCAGAAAACAGAUCAUUCAGGAGGAACGUCCCAGGAUGGAGCAACCCAGGGUGUACUGGAGGGGAAUUCAUUUCCUGCCUGGGCCAUUGUCAUUGUAGUCCUGGUGUCUGUGAUCCUUCUCCUGCUGUUCAUUGGCCUAGUCAUCAUGGUUGUCUACAUGAUCCGAUUUCGUCACCAUCAGACAACUACCGACCGAAAGGAAAAUAAUGCAGAGGAUGAGGUCGGCCCCAAUUCUUAUCCUGUCUUCCUGAUGGAGCAGCAAACGCUGGGUCGAAGCCAGCUCCCAUUACCUUAGUGAUCCCCCUACAGGAUCCCAACUUCAACUCCUCAAGGACUUACCCCUUCUCCUAGUUCAGGAAUGAGGAUUCAUCUUCUGUUUCCUAGACUCUAGUAAAGGCUAAGACUCCUAGCAUUGGCAGCUUUGAUCCUUAACCAGAAGCACUGGAGGGAGGAGUCUGAAGUUGCUGGGGCAGAGUAAAGGAAAAAAAUCUGGAGUCUUCAAAGAGAGUUGAGAACUUGGGGGGCAAGGAACUGCGUUGGACAUUUGAAUUUUAAGAGUGGAGUAGUACUUUUGAUCUCUCUGGCAUAGGAAAAGGGAAAUCUUCCUAUAUAGAGGUUCUACAUAUAGAAUCUCUAUAGGUUGAUCCUUACACUUUGUUUCCCUUCUCCCAAGACUGAACUCUCACUCAAGAUCACAUCCUCCAUGCCUCUCUGCUUGGCCCACUUGGAACUUCUUCCCCUCACAUCUAUUAAGUUAUUCUGAUUCUCAUCACAGCUCCUACCAAUUCCCAUCCCUUAUGCCCACUAUGGCUCACCCCUCCCUCUCUGGUGAUUCAGCCAUGUACUUUUAGGUCUCCUCGCUCUGUUUUACUUUUUAGCUUCUUCUUCUUCUCUAUACUUGGGGGAGAUGCUAAUGCUACAGACUGGACAGAUGUUUAGUGUGGGGGAAGAUGGGAAGGAGAAUGUCUAA